GCACCGUUUAACAGACGUGUCAGGUCAUCAUAACUGUGGCAUUAAUAUUCGUAUUUGAUUACGACACUAUAAAAUAACACUAAAAAAGCUCUGGAUAGUUCCUCUAAUUUCGUAAUAAUUAAAUUAGAAACGGAGGUAACAUUUUUUAUUUUUUUAUUUUGAAAUCGACUUCGAUCUGUUCGUCACACUUUUCAACUCCUCCUCUUUCUCUUUGCUCGUAAUUAUAAAACACCUUUGGUUCUUAAUGGAGGAGCAAGUUAACGGGAGUGUUGAAAUUCCUCUUCUGAAUUCUUCUUCUUCUUCCACAAUGGAGAAAGAUAUUAGCAUGGAUGGAUUAACAAUGUUUAAAUCAAAGAAAACUUCGAGUUUUCAUAGAAUAAUUGCUCUUGCGAUAUGGCUUGGAUCAAUUCAUCUCAAUGUUUUCUUAGUUUUGACGGCUUUCUUCUUCCUUCCAGCUACACUAGCUUUCGCUGUAUUUGGAUUGCUUUUAUUUCUUAUGGUGAUUCCUACAAAUGAUAAAAGUGUUAUUGGCCGAAAAUUGGCAAGGUAUAUUUGUAAACAUGCUACUGGGCAUUUUCCAGUUAGUCUUGAUGUUGAGGAUAUUAAUGCGUUUGAUCCAAAUCAAGCUUAUGUUUUUGGAUAUGAGCCACAUUCGGUUUUACCAAUUGGUGUAAUUGCUCUUUCUGACCUCACGGGUUUCAUGCCUCUUACGAAGAUUAAGGUCCUUGCAAGCAGUGCUGUGUUUUACACCCCAUUCUUAAGGCAAAUUUGGACAUGGUCAGGGCUUGCACCUGCAUCAAAGAAAAGCUUUAUUUCUUUCUUGUCUGCGGGUUAUAGUUGUAUCAUUGUUCCUGGGGGAGUGCAGGAGACAUUUCAUAUGGAACACAAUUCUGAGGUUGCCUUUAUCAAGAAUAGGAAAGGAUUUGUUCGUGUAGCCAUUGAGAUGGGGAGGCCUUUAGUUCCAGUUUUCUGCUUUGGUCAGAGUAAUGUAUACAAAUGGUGGAAACCGGACUGGGAACUAUUCCUCCACAUUUCUAGAGCAAUCAAGUUCGUCCCGAUCGUCUUUUGGGGAAUGUUUGGAACACCUUUACCCAAUUCAAAUCCCAUGCAUAUUGUGGUGGGUAAGCCCAUUGAGUUCAAGAAGAACCCACAGCCGUCAGUAGAAGAGAUCAAUGAAGUUCACAGUAAAUACGUUCAAGCCCUUCAAGAACUCUUUGAAAGACACAAGGCAAGGGUUGGUCAUGCUGAUCUCCAGUUGAGAAUUCUGUGAAUUUUAGCUUAUGUUUCUGUAUUACCUCAUCUGUAUUUAUAGUACAAAGCCUUCAAAGUACCUUGAAGGUUGAAAAAAGGUUUUUAUAACCGACUGUACAGUUGUUAGCAAUAGAAUAACAAUAUCAGUCCGUUUGAAGAAUGCUACUUAGAUUUCCACUGUAAUAGAAACAGUUCUACAGUUUCAUAUUCAGAAUCAAUAUGCAAGAUUGUUUGUGGCUCUGUGCCCGUUAAA